GACCCCCAGUGGCCUCCCUGCCUUGCUCUCCAUAUCCAGGGCCCAGCCAGGCACAGGGCCUCUGACUCCCCCUGACAUCCCCUCCACUGACCCUUCCUAGGGUCCUGCUGGGCACCUCCCAGGCCGUGGUCCCCCCAGCCCCCGACCAUGGCGCAGUACAAGGGGGCGGCCAGCGAGGCCGGGCGGGCCCUGCAGCUGAUGAAGAAGCGGGAGCGGCAGCGGGAGCACAUGGAGCAGAUGAGGCAGCGCAUCGCGGAGGAGAACAUCAUGAAGUCGAACAUCGAUAAGAAGUUCUCAGCUCAUUACGACGCGGUGGAAGCAGAACUGAAAUCCAGCACCGUGGGUCUGGUGACCCUGAAUGACAUGAAGGCCAAGCAGGAGGCGCUGGUGAAGGAGCGGGAGAAGCAGCUGGCCAAGAAGGAGCAGUCCAAGGAGCUGCAGCUGAAGCUGGAGCGGCUGCGGGAGCGGGAGCGGAAGCAGGAGCAGAAACGGAAGAUCUCCAGCCUGUCCUUCACCUUGGACGAGGAGGAGGAGGAGGAGGAGGAUGAAGAGCAGCUGGAGGAGGAAGAGCUGGAGCUGGAGAAAGAGGGUGGGUAACCCGGGAAUCAGGCCCUCCCUGACUCAGCUGUGCGUGUGUGUGUGUGUGUCAUGUCCCCCCCACCCCAGGAGGAGGAGAACCGCCUGCGUGAGGAGCUGCGCCAGGAGUGGGAGGCCAAGCAGGAGAAGAUCAAGAGUGAGGAGAUUGAAAUCACCUUCAGCUAUUGGGAUGGCUCCGGCCACCGGCGCACGGUCAAGAUGAAGAAGGGAAACACCAUGCAGCAGUUCCUGCAGAAAGCCCUCGAGAUCCUGCGCAAGGACUUCAGCGAGCUCAGGUCAGCUGGGGUGGAGCAGCUCAUGUACAUCAAGGAGGAUCUGAUCAUCCCCCACCAUCACAGCUUCUACGACUUCAUCGUGACUAAAGCAAGAGGGAAAAGUGGGCCGCUCUUCAACUUUGAUGUUCAUGAGGAUGUGAGACUCCUGAGUGAUGCCACAGUGGAGAAGGAUGAGUCCCAUGCUGGCAAGGUCGUCCUGCGCAGCUGGUACGAGAAGAACAAGCACAUCUUCCCGGCCAGCCGCUGGGAGCCCUACGAUCCUGAGAAGAAGUGGGACAAGUACACAAUCCGAUGAGAGAUGGAUUCCUGCCUGUAGAGCACCUGAUGGUCAUCAUAUCUCUCAGCCUGGUGUUGAAAUAAACUCUCCUCUGCUCA